AUGUCUUUGCUUCUCCCCGCCACCGUUUUCGACUAUAUUCAGCGGUCGGCGGCCUCGUUGCUUAGCACGGCCAGUCUGGACGGAGACUACAAUCUCCUGCUGGCCCAAUUUAUCGAAAACCCCAGCGAAAGUGCCCUUUUCCUUGUCCAGACAGGAAUGCACGAAUUACACUUAUAUGAGCGACUGGAGACAGAGAAGCUGGCGGAUCUUGCCCACUCGGCCUCCAUCGUGGUAUUUCUCAAACAGAGGGGCCCGCUGCUUGACAGCGUGCCGUGCACAGACCAGAUCUUUGUGGCCAAGCUUCCAUUGAGGUCUUCGCCGCGACAGAACUUUGAGUAUCUGGAGUUGCUGUUGCAGUUUGGAAUUUCGCCGUACUUUUCGGCUCUCACUUCAUUUGCCACCUCGCAGUCCGUGGCUUCUACACAGAAAAAGAUCUCCGAACUCGCACUUUCCUUCCAGCAUCUGCAGCAGACGAUCCAGAUCCCGAACCUCGCCACCACCGCGCAUCCGGCGAUUUUACGUGCUGUGCGGCAAAACCAGCAUCUCGCCGCUUUUUCCAUCGACAUUCUCGACGAACACACCAAAACAGACUCCAAGAUUCUGAACGAGAUGCAGUCGAUCGUCAACGACUGGGUCAAACAAGUCCAGAACGUGGCCCAACUCAGCCAUGAACCCUCCGACGGACCCACGCUUGCGGAAGUGAAUUUUUGGGCCUCUAAGGAGACAGCGCUGUUGUCUAUUCAGGAACAGCUCAAAAGCCCCGAGAUUCAGCUUACGCUCGACGUUUUACGCUCUGCAAAGAGAUACCACGCCACGGUGACGUUUUCCGACACUGGAAUCAAGGACGCACUAAAUGUGGCCGCUAAAUACAACCAACUGCUCAAGGACCUCCCCAUCAACGAUCUUUUAUCCGCACAAUCGCUGGACAAAAUUGGCGAGGCUGUUUCUUCCAUCUUUGAGCACCUGCGUAAACUCCGGGUGACCAUGUAUCCGAUCCAACGAGCAAUUGAGCUCUGUCAGACCAUCGUUGAGGACACCAUGCUCAAAUUGACCGGCAUUUUACACGAUGCAAAAGUAAUGGAGCUAGCGUAUGCUGACUUCAAGCUUAUAAGCGAUCAAGUGGACGAUUUGUUAAAAAACCUCGAUGAACAUAUUAAAGACUUCACCACGAUGGCUCGUGAACUGCUUCGAAAGAGAUCAGACAAAUUCAUAGCUGUGAGGAUCGUGGUCCCAGAUGAGCUGAAGAAAGCCGUCUCGAAGGCUGCUGAGUUCAGGUCCCAGCACGAAGAAUUGAGAGAAAUAGUUUCAAACCUGGUUAAAGCCACGAAGGUGACUGCGUAUCUGGAAGAGCUUGACUACGCUUAUAGUUCCGUGGAGACUGCCAACCCUCUAGACAUAGGAACAGAAGGCCAAAGAGCAUGGACACAAGCAGAGAGGACGUACCAGAAGAGAGUGAAUGCGCUUGAAGACAAGCUGAUCGAAUUUCUCCGACAAACACUUCAGGCCAUCUCGGCUCCAAACGAGACCUUUACGAUAUUUGAGCAGUACUCAUUUUUGCUGAAACGGCCCAACAUCAGAGCUUCUAUAUUUGACCACCAGCAUGAACUAUUGCAGGUGAUUCAGGAUGACCUGGUUUCGCUUCAGCAGGAGUUUGAACGACAGAAAAGCACACAGAAAAUGCUUCAGCUUCGAGACAUCCCGCGCUUCAGCAGCAUGAUCGCCUGGAUCAGCCAAGCAAGAUACAAGAUCGAGUUUUUAAUUACGCGUAUGGAGCUGGUUUUGACAAAGGACUGGGCAAAGUAUCCUGAAGGUGCAAAAAUCGAGAAUGAAAUGAAGUUACUUAUGGAGAAACUGGACCUGGAUAAGUGCUACCGCGAUUGGCUGUCCUCUUUCAAGCAAAAUGUUAAAGAUACGACUGUGAGACGAUAUAUACUUAAGAUAGAGCGCACAGAGUCCAAGGAAUUUACGGUCAAGGUCAACUUGUCACCUGCUGAUGCAGAACUGUUCAAGGAGGUCAACUUGCUGCAAAUCAUGGGUUUUGAAAUACCCCGCAAUGUUGCUUCUCUUGCCCAUACUUUGGAGACCAUAUACCCCAUUGCAACUAGUCUCAACAAUUCGGUGAUCAAUCUUGAGUCUAUUUUGCAACAGGUCGAUCAAUUGGGUGAGCUCAAGGUUUUGCUACAGCCAUACCUAAACACCAUUUUUAGAGGCAUUACGUUUCUUUCACAGUCUGAGUGGAUCGCGCUAGAAAAUGCUCAAGUGUUAAUUGAAUCGGGUUUAACGAAUCUUGAUGAAGUGAAAGUAUGCGAGGAAGCAGAGAAGUUCCAGUUUCAGAUUCAGACUCUUUUGCAAAAGUUUGAGUUCUUGGAGUCUUCAAGAGAACAGAUUAAAACAGCUCUCAAUGAUUUGACGACCUGCAGAUAUACCGCGGAGGAGUUCCGUCGCAACAUCGACACGUUGCAACGAGAAGUCAACAAGUUCGCCUUACAAGGAUUUACGAAUAUUGAGGAGUUUACCAAUGCCAUGAACCUCGCCGUAGAGGAUAUUCUUUUUCAUAGGUGCAAAUCUGAGCUAGCCAUCUGGAGAGCAAGAUUAUGUGGCAUGGAGGGAGAUAUCCCAGAUAAAAUCCAUACAAUAGUUAUGCAGGACUUUAAGCUGUCUGUUCGUCCUCCGUUGGAAAUUUCCGAGAUGUCAAUCGUUGCAGAUCUCAACAAAUGCUUAAAUACUGUUACCAGCCAGCACCGAUUAACCUCUGGCCAGUUUGAAGUCUCUAUUGACGACCACCCCAAGAUGUUCUCUAAUCUUCAGAAUCUACUUCAAAGGCCCUAUUUUGAAUGCGUUGAAGAGCUUGGACAAGUUAUGGUUUUGGCCAAAAAUUUGGUGGAUAAAUGGCUUCAACUGCAAUCGCUGUGGGGCAUUGAGCUUGAGGAUUUGAAAAGAGCCCUUGGCACCAAUCUGUCACAAUGGCGGGAUGCGCUUCUUGAAGUGAAACACCUCAAGGAAGCAUUCGACACAGUGGAGACGUUCACUAGAUUUGGGCCGAUCAAACUCGAGUACGAGCAGGCUCAGUGGAAAGUGAGCACCUACUACAACACCUGGCAGCGCAAUAUUUUGGACGUCCUUACACAGCUAGUCUCAAAAGAGAUCAAUUGCACUCUUGAAGAAGUUAAAGCCCAACGGAGGGCUAUUGAAACAGCUCCAGUGGACUUCGGCUCCGCAAAAGCCGUCAUAGCUCUAGUGGACCUUCUCUACCAGACAAAGAAUUAUGUUCAGGAGAGUUCCACCAAAAUUCAGACGCUAGACUCUUGCAAUCAUCUGUUGAUCCUUUUCCGCGUCAAGUUCGGGCAGGACUGGGUUCAUUUUGAGCAGCUCCAAAAAGCUUUUUUUGCACUAAGCACCUUGGUAGAUGCAAAAAUCCAAUUAAUUCUAUCCAAUAUGACUCUCGUUGUCAGCACAGUGGAAAAAGAAGCCGGCAUGCUCAAGGAGUCCAUUGACUCUUUGAACAAACAGUGGAGUAAUGACAAGCCACUGGGCAAGAAGCUUGAGCCAGAGGUGGCUCUUUCGUCCUUAAACCGGUUUGAAAAUGCCUGUCUGAGGCUGAUGAAGGAACGGUCAAAGCUUUUGAACGCAUCUAAAGUUCUCGAUCUCCAAUUGCUCAUAAAAGAUAACUUAUCAUCGAUUCUAGGAGAAGUGGAGGACCUGAGGAGGUUCUGGUCGAUCAUCAACGAACUACACGUUUCUUUAACAGAAUUGCGCUCCCAAAAAUGGUCCUCUGUUACCAUCUCAUCUCUUCGGAAGACCUUAGAGGACAUUCUAGCCCGUUCUAGGGCACAGCCAGCCACCAUAAGACAGUACUCUGCUUUUGAAGAGUUUCAAGCAAAACUCAAGAGUUACAUCAAGGUCCUGCCGAUUAUUGGAGGGCUACGGUCUGAUGCGAUCAAUGACCGUCACUGGAUUGAGAUAUUUAGAGAUCACACUCUUAAAGAGCCACCGGCCAAUAUGACUCUAGGCCACGUCCUGGACCUAGAUCUUGCCGCAAAUGAGAAAUACUUCAAAUCAGCAAUACACAAGGCCCAAGGAGAAAAGAGCUUGGAGAAAUCCAUCAAUAAUAUUCAGAAAAACUGGGAUCAGCUUUCUUUCCAGUUGUUCCAGUUCAAUGACGAGUUCAGACUCAUCAAAGGCUGGGAUGUUUUGUUUCAGACCAUUACAGAGGAUCUCAAUACCUUAUGGUCAACGAAAAUGUCGCCGUACUAUUCCGCAUUUGAGAAGACAAUCAACCAGUUAGAGGAGAAGCUGUCCGAUGUGCAAUCUGUAUUGGAUAUGUGGAUUGACGUUCAGCGUCAAUGGAUAUAUUUGUCUGGUGUGUUUGAGAAGAACGAUGAAAUAAGAAAGCUGCUACCAUUGGAGUCAAACAGAUUUUAUAAUACGUCUUCUGAAUUCCACUCGCUAAUGAAGAAAGUAUACAAAUCAGUGUUGGUGGCUGAGGUGAGCAACAUCCCGAACGUCAAGCAGAUUCUGACCAAGAUUUCUGAAACUUUGGAGAAAAUCAAAAAAUCCUUGAUAGGGUAUUUGGAAAAGCAAAGGGACAUUUUUCCUCGAUUUUAUUUUAUUGGUAAUGAGGAGCUGCUUGAGAUUGUCGGAAACUCAACCAACAUUCCCCUGGUUUCAACUUAUUUGCAAAAAAUGUUCAUUGGAAUAGCGGGAACGCUUUACAAUCCGGACGUAUCCAAAAUCGAAGGGAUUAUUUCCCCGGAAGGAGAAAAAGUCACUUUGAAUUCACCGGUGUCCCUGGUGACUCAUCAAUCUCUCACAGACUGGCUACGUGAACUGGAAAUGGAAACUAAACGGACCUUAGCUCAUUUGUUGCAACGCUCGUUAAAACAGCUAUUCACCGUUUGGGAUUCAGAAGACCUGAAAGAAAGUCUUGUUCAAUGGAUCGACAAAUACCCGAACCAGAUUUUGAUUCUGUCGCUUCAGGUGUUUUGGACGCAACUGGUGGAAUCCACUGCCGACCAUAGCAUGUGUGUGGAAAAAUACAGCAAGGUGCUUUCAAUCUUUGCAGAGCUAAUUCUGCAAGAUUUGUCGUCCCUGCAGCGAAGAAGGUACGAAAAUCUAAUUAUUGAGCUUGUGCACCAACGGGAUAUUUUGGCACUGCAGAAGGAUCAGAGCUUGAAGUCUUACGAGUGGCUGUCACAGCAGCGUUACUACUUAAUUGAGACAGAUAACAUCCUUGAGUCUGUGGUGGUGAAACAAGGGAACUGGGCCGCACACUAUGGAUUCGAGUAUCUUGGUGCUCCUGCCCGUCUUGUAUACACUCCGCUGAUGGAUACCUGUCACCUUGCUAUGACCGAGGCACUGAACGAAAAAUUAGGAGGCUCUCUCGUUGGACCUGCAGGUACGGGAAAAACAGAGUCCAUUAAAGCAUUGGGACAAAACUUGGGAAUGAUGGUACUGGUUUUCUGUUGUGAUGAGACGUUUGAUUUCCACAGUGUCAGCAGGAUCCUGAUUGGUGUCUGUCGUGUAGGCUCGUGGUGUUGUUUCGAUGAGUUCAAUAGACUGGACCGGAAGAUGCUUUCUGCCAUUUCCACGCAGAUCGAAAAGAUCGAGACCGCUUUAGGAGCUGAUAACGGCAUGAACAUAGAGGUUCUGGGCAAGAAGUUUCAAGUAGCGGCAGGAUCUGGCGUUUUUAUCACCAGCAACCCAAACUAUGCCGGCAGAUCUGCUCUUCCAGACAACUUGAAGACCAAAUACCGUACUUUCGCCGUUGUGCAGCCAGACCAGAGCGUAAUUUGCGAGGUGAUACUGAUAUCUCAAGGUUUCAGCUCUGCCAAGAGGUUAGGCGAGCAAGUGGUGGACUUUUUCAGAAGAUUGGCGUCCAGCUGUUCAAACCAGCCUCACUAUGAUUUUGGAUUGCGUGCCCUGAAAAGCACAUUGGCAAGAUGCGGCGGGUUCCGCAGAGCGCUCAGGGAGCAGUCCGUCGAUUCCGAAAUGGAGAGCAGAAUAGUUGUACACAGCUUGAACACAGUCACUCUACCCAAGCUCCUUGUUCAGGACGAGCCAUUUUUUUCUGCGCAUAUCGGCAUAUUUGGGUGUGAUAAAGGCUUGGAGACAGCAGCUGACGAGCUCGUUCCGCAUUUGAAGGAGAUUGCUGCCGAGAGAGGACUUGCAGCAUCCUCGUCAUGGCUGAAGAAAGCUCUACAAGUUUUUGAGAUACAGCGGUCGCAUCAUGGGUUCAUGAUGGUUGGAGAUGCCGGAAGCGGCAAGACCAUGCUUUUCGAGUGUCUUUUGGAAGCCAUGAAGCGGUUGACGGGGGUGGAGAACUCCGUGUAUACCAUUGAUCCCAAGGUGCUGGGAAAAGAGCCGUUGUAUGGUUCUUUGGACUAUGCGACAAGAGAAUGGACUGACGGUGUCUUCACCACACUUUUGCGGCGCGUGGAGCUGAAUUUGCGUCGCGAGAAAUCCAAGAACAUCUGGAUCGUUUUUGAUGGUGACGUCGACCCUCAAUGGGUCGAAAACCUCAACAGUGUUCUCGACGACAACAAGAUUUUAACUCUGCCUAGCGGAGAGCGGAUUCCUUUGCCAGACAACGUGAGGAUUGUGUUUGAGGUCGAAAAUCUGAACUUUGCCACUCCAGCCACGGUCAGUCGGUGUGGUAUCGUUUCGUUUGGGAAUAUGCUUUUCGGCUUUGAAGACUAUUAUGCCAAUCUCAUGUGCUCGUUCCGCAAUCAGUCACUCGAAAACGAAGAUAUGGCCGGGAACUUUCGGGCUGGCUCAGUGGACGACAUUAAACAGAGGUUUGCCAAUCACUUGCAGGAACUGCUUCCAGCAUCUGUGCUCCAGCAGGUAUGGCUGGAGACGAAGAAGUAUGCGCAUGUGAUGGACCGAGGUUUGAGCAUGAUUGACACUUUUUUCGGCUUGAUGUCACAAAGACUCGAGAAGCUGGCCGUGCAAGCUGCCGUUGUCCAAGAUAACCUUAUUCCAUAUGUUGCCCGUUCCGCUCUGCAUUCGUUGAUAUGGUCCUUUGCCGGGGACUUGUCAUUAGAGAACAGGGAGAAGUUCUGCAGCUACGUGCAGACCUUACCUGGGCUAGCUCAGUUCAGCAUACCAGACAUGCUCUACUCCGACAUCUCAAUGGUUGAUUACACUUGGUCACCCUGUGACAUCGAAGAAAGCGACCUAGAACCUCAUAUGAUCACAAGGCCAGACAUCGUCAUUCCAACGCUGGACACCAGCGUCCAUGAAAACCUUAUUUUCUCACUAGUGCGAAAACACGAAACUGUGAUUCUCUGCGGUCCUCCCGGUUCCGGAAAGACCAUGACGUUGAUGUCUGCGCUCAGGAAGUCACACCAGUACAUAUUUGUUGGCGUGAACUUCUCCAAGGACACCACGCCAGACUUGGUUGUUAAAGCACUGGAGCAGCACUGUGUCUAUCAAACAGGCCCAACAGGGCUCAAACUUGUUCCUGCCGUGGCCGAAAAGUGGGUGGUUUUAUUCUGCGACGAAAUCAACCUUCCUGCGUUUGAUGAAUAUGGCUCGCAGACAACAAUAUCGUUUUUGCGGCAGCUGGUGGAAAAAAACGGAUUCUGGAGGAAAAAGGACGGGGCUUGGGUCAGUUUGGGAAACAUACAACUUGUCGGAGCCUGCAAUCCGCCCACAGACCCCGGAAGAAACGUUUUGAACGGCAGAUUCCUGAGACAUUGUUCUGUGAUCAUGGUGGACUAUCCUGGCACUCAGUCAUUGAACCAAAUUUAUUCCACCUUCAACAAAGCGUUGCUCAAGUGUGUUCCUGACCUCCGAGGAUACGUGCAAUCUCUGACCGAUUCGAUGAUCCAGGUCUACACUUCGUCCAAAGCGCAUUUUACGGACAGAGCACACUACAUCUACUCCCCAAGAGAGCUGACCCGUUGGGUUCGUGGUAUUUACGAGGCCGUGAGGUCUUCUACCCAGCUUUCUUUGGAAGGCCUUCUUCGCAUCUGGGCCCAUGAAGCACUGAGACUAUUCUCUGAUCGUUUAAUCACCCAGGAGGAGAGAAUCUGGACCUAUGAGAUGAUCAAGUCGACACUGACCAAAAAUUUCCCGUAUACGGACACAGAAAGUGCACUAGAGAUGCCGAUUCUGUAUUCAGGUUGGCUGUCGUAUGAUUACAGCCCUGUUUCCGAAAAAGAGCUGGGUGCGUUCCUUGAGCAGCGUUUGAAGGUGUUUAGCGAGGAAGAGACAAAUGUUUCUCUCGUGCUCUACCCGGACCUAUUAGACCAUGUGCUGCGCAUAGAUCGGGUCCUGAAAAAUCCACAAGGCCACAUGAUUCUUGUGGGGCCAAGUGGCAGCGGAAAGACUACACUUACCAAGUUUGUCGCGUGGAUUAACGGACUUUCAAUCCACCAGCUGAGUGUUUCCAGGAAAUACACUUUGGCGGAAUUUGAUGCGACCUUGCGGGAACUCCUUCGCCGAGCAGCCGAAGGCGACAAGUUGUGUUUCAUUAUCGACGAGUCUGCUAUUCUGGAGACAGCGUUCCUGGAAAGAAUGAACACUCUUCUUGCCAAUGCCGAGGUUCCUGGAUUAUUUGAAGGAGAAGAUUACAACACGCUGAUGACUCUUUGUUCACAGAAGUCUCAAGAACAGGGCCUAUUUUUGGACUCUGACGCGGAGCUGUACACCUGGUUCACAGAACAGGUGGCCAAAAACUUCCAUGUGGUUUUUACAAUUACGGAUCCCUACUCGUCUAAUGCUCCGCCUCUCAUUUCGUCUCCUGCAUUGUUCAAUAGAUGUGUGAUUAGCUGGAUGGGUGACUGGACAGCCGAGUCUCUGGAGACAGUGGCCAAGGGAUUACUGGCUGUUCUGCCGAUUAAUAAUUCGCAGUACCAUGCCCCUCCUGGAGUGGGUGUGGAUGGGUUGCGUGAUGCCGUCGUGAAUGUUUUGGUGUCUAUACACGGUGGAUUCAGAAACAGGAGCCCUACUCCUAAUGAAUUUUUCAGUCUGGUGAACAAUUUCAUCAGCUCUUUUAAACAGAAAGAAACAGAGCUUCAAGAGCACCAGUCGCACAUAAAUGUUGGUCUGGACAGGCUUAGAGAAACAUUCUUGGAAGUCAAGAAGUUGAGCGAGAGUUUGUCUGUUAAGAAGCUUCAGCUGGACAACAAGAACAAGGAGGCAAGGGAAAUGCUCGACAAAAUGAUCACCGAUCAGAAUGAGGCAGAACGCAAACAGGAAGCGUCUAUUGAGAUCCACAAGAGGUUUACAGAGCAGGAGCGCAUUAUUAGCGACCGGCGGAAUGUUGUUCUUGAGGAUCUGAAAAAUGUGGAGCCUUUGAUUUUAGAGGCACAAAAGGGAGUCAAGAACAUCAAGAAACAGCAUCUUACAGAGCUGCGUUCGAUGAACAAUCCUCCUGAGGCAGUGAAGAUGACCCUUGAGUCGGUGUGUAUUCUUUUGGGAUACGACGUGAAUACGUGGCGGGAUGUCCAGCUCAUAAUUAGAAGAGACGACUUCAUUGCAAGCAUUGUCGGGUUUGACAGCGAAGUGCAUCUUACGAAGGAGUUGGCAGACUUUAUGGAACGCGAAUUUAUUUCAAGACCCGGGUACAAUUUUGAAGCAGUUAACCGGGCCAGCAAAGCUUGUGGACCGCUUUUACUUUGGGUGGAAGCUCAGCUUAGAUAUGCUUCUGUUGUUGAGAAAGUUCAGCCUUUGAGAAACGAAGUGCGGGCCCUGGAAAACGAACUUAUUGAUACCAAGGCGAAAUUGAUUGCAAUCGAUGGAAUGAUCAACGACUUGCAGGAGAGCAUAGAAGUCUACAAGGAAAAGUACAGCGAGACUAUUCGUGAAAGUGAAAAAAUCAAGGCCGAGAUGCAGGACGUGGAAACCAAGGUUGAACGCAGCACCUUACUUCUGGAGAGUUUGCGAGAGGAGAAAGUCAGAUGGGAAGCAAGUGUUGUGGCGUUCCAGGGCCAGAGAGAGUGUCUUGUUGGCAAUACCCUUCUUGGAGCGGCCUACAUGUCAUACCUGGGACGCUAUAACGAGCUUGAACGGCGUGAAUAUUUGGAGCUUUGGAAGACCGAGCUCGCAAAAUAUGCCAUUCCAUUCGACAGCACGUUUAAUUACCGCGCGUCGAGUUUGAAACCCGACCAAGAGUUUACUUGGCAAACGAAUGGUCUUCCAAACGACGAACUUUUCAUAGAAAACACCAUGAUGAUGUCUGCAGACAGAAGAUUUGCGUUCCUUAUUGAUCCAUCGGGAUUGAUGAUUGACUUUAUGGAAAAACAGUACCAGGAUAUUGUGGUCACGAGCUUUUUGGACGACGGGUAUGUGAAGCUUCUGGAAAAUUGCAUAAGAUUUGGAGGCUCUAUACUCAUUCGGGAUGGUGAACAUUACGACCCGAUUGUCAGCCGUGUGAUUGCCAGAGACGUCGAAACCUCCGGCGGCCGCAGUCUCGUCAAGCUUGGAUCGAGGGAGAUCGACCUUUCUCCUAAAUUCCAGCUAUUUGUGCACACUAAAGACGCGUCUGCUCGAAUUCCGCCAUAUUUGGAAGCACGGAUGAACGUUCUGAAUUAUACCUUCACCAGCAGCUCUCUAGUGAACCAGGCGCUGAAUAUGACUCUUAAUAGCGAGCAGCCAUCGCUCGAACAACAGCUUGUCGAGCUUUCCAAGCUCAACGGGGAAUAUAAGGAAUCGCUAUACAACCUGGAAAACGAUCUCCUGUUGAGCCUGAGUGACACUCGUGUGAGCAUUUUGGAAAACGACGAGCUAGUUAAGAAGCUUGAGUCGAUCAAACAUGAGGCUGCCACCAUCAAGACCAAACUGUCGCAGUCUUCAGAAAUCCUGGACCAGGUGAAACAGGUGAGGGACAAGUAUCUGAGUCUUGGUGAAGCUUUCUGCAACAUACAACUUCUGCUUGACCGUCUCUGCAAACUUAACAGAGUCUACCAAUUUGCUUCCAUGGAUCUGGUUGUGAUCUUCAAGAAGAUGCUGACGCAGAGCAAAGGUCGACCUGUUUCCGAAAUGGUGAAAGCUUUCGGCAAAGAGGCAUACUCAACACUUUCCGGCUCGCUGCUGCAAGAAGACCGUGCUAUUUUCGAGAACCUAAUGAAGGAAUAUGUUGGCGACUUUGAGCAUUCUGGCGAAUACGACAUUUCGCAACUGCUCGAGUCGCACAAGUAUUUCAUUUUGCGUACUUCUGGCGGAUUCGAUGCAAGCUCUACCGUUUACUCCCUAGCGCUGGCCGCUCAGCAACGCGUCGAGUCCUACUCUAUGGGCUCCAGCGAGGGAGUUGAAGUUGCGCGUAGACUUUUUGUUGCUGCGCUGAAAAAAGGCAGCUGGUUACUGAUUGAAAAUGUGCACAUGGCUCCUGACUUUGUCGAGAUUAUUCCGAAGCUGUUCGAAGCAGAAAUUCACAGCGAGUUCCGCCUGUUCAUGACCUGCCAGACAGACUCGCACAUCGCCACAACGAUAGUCAAAAUGUGCAAGCAGGUUAUUUUGGAGAGCAAUCCUGGAAUACGAACGGUUCUUCAAGAAACUCUCAUCAGACCCAACGGCAUUCUGAACCUUGGAAAAGCUCAACAUCCAGACCACGCGAGAUUGUACGUUUUGCUCGCAUGGUUUUAUGGUAUUCUAAGAGAAAGGCUGCGUUUUGUGCCUGUUGGGUUCAAGGAGCGUUACGAAUUUACGCAGAGCGAUUUGUCAUCGGCCAAACAUGUGUUGGACCAAAUAAUUUCCAAGGGUGUUUCUUGGGACAUGCUUUCGAAUUUGCUCGGUCGUGUUGUUUUUGGAGGAAAAGUCACCGAUAAGGAGGACCUCGAAGUCAUUAUCGACAUUUCGGCUCUUCUUUUCAACUCCAACGUCCUGGAUUCGCAGAGCAUUGCCGUUGACGGAUCUUCCAUCUAUCUCCCGGAGUCGGAUAGCAUUGACGACUGUAUUUCGUGGAUCAACUCUCUUCCAGAAAUUGAGCCUAUCAGCUGGCUGGGACUAAACGCAGAGGUUGAGAGGAUCGUGGAAGAAAAACAAGCUUCAAGAGCCAAAGCUGAGAUAUUAAAAUUGAAAUAA